ACUAUUUUUCUUUUUGAAACCAAAAGAUUGCCAAUAUUUAAGGCUUAAAAGUUAAUCGAGGAAUAUGUUCGUUUAAAAGAGCAAAUUCGUGAAGAAAAUCCAUUUUCAAUUGGCUGUAUGAAGGUGAAGACCACUCGGUGAAAUUUUUAAUGGCGGUCUUCAAUAACCCGACGAAAGAAAUGGCACUAGGGUUUUCUUUGCAUAUUCGAGCUGAAGAAGCGAUAGGAAAGUUCCAACAAGAAAUCGAAGAUGACUUUAAGUAUCUUUAUGAGAUUCUAUCGGAAGCCAAGCAGUCCUUUGGACGGAGAGACAGUUACAUUCUUCUUCCAAAGACGCCAUCCAUGAAAAGAAAGCGACAGGAGAGUGAUGAGGAGCAUAGUAGCGAUGAUGCUUCAUCGAGAAUGGCAAGGGAAGCAAAAACUCACAAGACUCAAGGAUACGCCUCGCCACUGAAGGUAAUCAAUGAAAACGAACUGCUGGACUGCAGUGCAGUGAACACGGAAUGUAAUCAUAAUGAUACAAAACGAACGACGAGAGCGAUUAGGGCUAAUUCACGAGCAGCACGACAACAACCAAAGAGAGGAUCUGGAAAGAAGAAUCUCCCAGAUAUAGGAAAUGCAUCAAAAGAGCAAACUCCAGGUUCAUCUUUCAUCGACGAUCAGCCGAGACGAACCACCAGAAAUCCUAAAAAGACGAAUUUAGAAUUAACCAGAGUAACAGAGGAAAAAUCGAUUCGCUCAUCAUCAAGUAAUGAAGUCAAAGACUUGCCCAGAAGAACCACUAGAAGUUCAAGACGGAAAGAGGUGGAAGAAAAUUCUGAUGUGUCGCUAUCAGAAAAAAUACCAAGGAAACCUGUAGCAGAGAUAACUAAAUCAAGUACAGAUCUCAUCUCAAAGGAUUCUGGUGAUAUCACACCCUUGUUAAUUGUUAAACAAGAAGUUGUAUCAACUUGUAAGAAAUCACAAGCGGGGCAAAUCAGAGUAAACACAGAAAAGAACGAUAAAUUGACAGAUAGUGUAGCAAAAACAGAGCCUGAUCUUGUUUCAGAAACCCUGCAAUCCUUUCCUAUUAAAGCCAAGACACCAACUACAUCUCCCAAGAUCUGCAAAACAUCCAUCAAUGUAGUCCUACAAUCACCAGCAUUGGGCACUCCAAAUGGUGAUGAGGUGAUACCAAUAAUGUCAUCAAGUCUCUGUCAUGAGAAAAGUCCAAAUUCUUGUGCUUCAAAAGAACUUGGGUUGCAGAAUGUUACGUUGGAGGAAAAUCAAGUUCUUGAUGAGGAACCUCUGGUCAAUAAUAGUGAAACACAUGAACAAUCACCCACCAAAGCACAUGUUUCAUGCCAAGAGUUUAUUGAAACCUCUACUGCUAAAAAUAAAGAUGAUGUGGGAACUGGAGUGGGAAGUUUAUCAAAUGACGAAAACAAUCCUGUCUCUGAGAAUGCAAAAGUUGAUUUAUCUAAAGAAGUUGUCACUAAGAAAACUACACUUGAACCCAAUCCUGUAGAAAAAUCUUUGGAGAGAAGUAGAGGAAGAAGCAGUGGAUGGCGUAGAAAGAGCAAAAGAUUGAGCAACAACAGAUCUCCAUCAAAUAGAAGACUUUCCAUGAAACAGAAAGUAGCCAAAUCAAAAGUUCCUGGAAAGAAGAGCCUGGUCAAAAGUUCAGUGAAACUGAAGUUGACACAUUCAAAGCUCAUGCCAGAAUUGAAGAUACACAGUGCUGAAAAGCAAACCAAUGGUGAAAAUAUAGAAUCUAACCUAGAAGAUGUCAAAGUGCGUCUGUUUGAUAAUUCAACAAGUGAAAACAGUAGUCAAAGUGCAAGCUCUGCCACUAACAGUAGCUAUAGCAGCUCUGAGGACAAAGCUGAGGCUCUGGUGGAGAAGAUUGCACAGGAAUUCAUAGAGGAUGAAUUAGAGGUGUUUCAUGACUGUAGAGGAUCUGAAAAUGAAGACAUUGGUGAGGCAGAUGAUGAGAAAUACACUGAAACAAAAAGUGAACAUUCACCCACUCUGGAAAAUGCCAAUUCUUCCAUGAUCAUUGUGCAAGCAAGUGAUGGGAGCAGUGGUGAAGAAUCUGCACCCAACUCAAGGGAGAUGUUAGAAGAUCCAAUGACACCCCCUUCACAAGAGACUUUGAAUCCUUCACACAAGUCUAAACCAAAUAACAUAGCUGUGGUCCAUUCAUUUAUCAGAAGAAACACACCCAAGAAGGUUGAUCCAGAGGAAAAAAAGAAACAGCUACGCAAUGCAUUAAAAGAAAAAGAGGAAAAAGAGAAAGAAAGGCGAGAACAACUUGAGAUUCAAAGGCAGAGAGAAAUCGAGGAACGAAAAAGGAAAAGAGAAGAAAGAGCAAAAAAAGCCGCAGAACAGCGAGUGGCCAAACUUCAGGCGUUGGAAGACAAGAAACGUCAGGCUCAAGAUCAGCGGCAGAUCCUGAUGGAAAAAGCCAAGAAGCUUAAGGAAAAGGAGGAAGAGGACAAGAAGAAACAGCGAAUACAAAAAAGAGCUGAGAUAGAAGGUAGAAAAAAACAAGAGGAGGCUGCUAGACUGCAGAAAAUAAAGGAACAGGAAGAGGAGGAGAAACGACAGCGUGAGAUGCUUCAGAAAAGACAAGAGUUAGAAGAGCAGGAGAGGCAACGAAGGAUCAUUGAAGCCAAACGCCACCAAGAACACAGGGAAAAGGAGCUGGAGAGAGAGCGAGAGUUAGAGAAACAAAAGAAGCUAAAGGCUAUCGAAGAGAAAGAGAAACGGCUUCGCGAAAAAGAAGAAAAAGAAAGAAAAACACGAGAGGAGAAACUGAGGAUUGAGCGCGAGAAAAAAGCACAAGAAGAUAAAGAGAAGGAGGAGAGGGAGAGGGCGAGAAUUGCACAGCUUAUCCGCGAGAAAGAAGAACACACGCGAAGAGAAAGAGAACAGCGCGCCAAGGAAGAGAAAGAGCGCCAGGAGAGAGAGAAGAAGUUGAAGGAAGAACGAGAAGCAGCCUUACGCGAGAAGAAACGCCAGGAGCAGAUCGAAAGAGAAAGAACGCGUGUCCUCGAGGAACGUAAACUCGCGGAAGAAAAUAAAAAAUUGAAUUCCAGCACGACUUGCAACUCUUACGAGAUGACCCCGCCUCCAGUGAAGGUGCGAAAACCGGCUUCAUCAGAGAACUACAAUAUUGCUGACCUACAGAGCGAUGAGUCAACUGACGAUGAAGACAACCCCAGGAAGAGGAUACCGUCAUGGGCGCGACCACCCGCUCUGAAAGCCGCCAUUUUUCACCAGGAGUAUUCUAACAUAGAUGUUAACAGUAUCUUCGACGAUGUUCCUAAGCCGAAUUUAGAAGAUAUUUUCAAGCACGCCACAAAGAAGAAACGGUUUAACCAACGUACAAGUUCGGCAAUGUGGGAUUCACCCCCGCUGAGACAAGCCAAGAAAGGUACAUAUGUGUAGGAGUGAGAAAGCAGUUACCAGAUUAAUGGACUUAUUGACUCUUUCUUUUGAGAUGUUGUGUUCAUCUGGUUUUUAACUUUACGAGGAGUAUUCUGCUAUCACAACUGAAAUAUCAGCUUACGACUGCUUGUAGUAUAAUUAUUGCAGCCACUGCUCAUAGAUUUGAUUUAAUUCUCGCAGAAUUAAUUUAAUACUCUCAGUUUCAGCCAAAGGUGCCAAUACGUACACGUGGUAUUCACUAGUUUUGCAUAGACUCAGAUGUACAUUUACACACCCACUAGAGUAGACAGUGUCUGUUACAUUAUUUCGGAUCACAAGAGGCCGACCCGUUUGGUCUUGAUCACGUUGUUGAAUAUUCAAUGCAUUUGUUCCAAGUUUAAUUCUUACGAAAAGUUUUAUUGGUAGGUGCAUGGGAAUUAGUGUAAAUUUAGUUUGAAAAAGUGGAAUAAACCUGUCCUAAAAUAGAUGAAUACAUUUAGCGCUAGAAUAGUCUCUUAAUCAACAUCGAAGUUUUGUAGUCAUCCACACUUACAGUGUGGUCUCAAAUUUCUUCCCUCGCCAAUCUCUAAGUUCAAAGUCUGGCAUGUCAGUUUUUGGAUAGACAGGGAGACUUAUCAACGACAAACACUAAAGAAAACUAGUAAGAGUAUGGGCAGACUAAGGAUUUCGUUCAUCGUUUAUAAUCUCUGACUAAGCAGUAAGUAGGUGUAAGCAAACCUAGAGCUCGCCAACGUUCGGAAGAGACUUAGAGCUGUAAGCUAUUCAAGCCGUUGGGCUUUCCUUCAAGCCUGUGGAUGCUUUAUCUAGGAGUUCCCGUUUUAGGUCCAGAAAAUAACGAUUGAGGGGCAAUUAUUUGUUUUCAUGAUGUGAUUUUAAAAGGGAAGAAUUAGAUUUAAUAUUGUAUAUAGUUGUUGUUAUUUUUUAUACUGAGCCACGUUUCGCAUCUGACACAUUUGAUGAAGGAAUUAAAUCAGUGGGAGAUUUUAUUGAUCUCAUUGUAAGUCAUACACAGGUGUAUACAGAUCACUUCAAUAACGCAAUAAAAGA